CUACGAUGCGGUACUUUAUUAUACGCUACGCCAGGAGUUGACUACACUGUAAACCGGGUUAUUAUACACGACCGGUACGACCAGUACGGAGACAAUGAUAUAGCCCUGAUCGGGAUAAACGGGCAAUUGCAGCUUGGUACUCGCGAUAUGGACCGUAUCCGAUUGCCGGCACAGGGCAGUGACGUGCCACCAGUGUCAAUGGUAACGGUAGUUGGUUGGGGUUACCUUGAUUAUUUUGGCACAGAUCUGGCCCACACAUUGCAAACGGUAGACGUGCCAGUUGUCGAUCGGCAAAGAUGCACCUCAGAGUACGAGGAUUAUAACGUGGUCACAAAUAACAUGAUGUGCGCCGGUUUGGAUCAGGGUGGUAAAGAUGCUUGCCAGAAUGAUUCAGGUGGCCCGGUUAAGUUUAACAAUGUCUUGGUGGGUAUUAUUUCGUGGGGCAAUGAAUGCGCCAGGCCAUUGUUCCCCGGCGUGUAUGUGCGUGUGGGUGGCGGUCCAGCAAUUUUGCCCGACAUGCAAAUAGUCGGUGGAGAUGACGCUCAGACCGGUGCCAAUCCGCACAUGUGUUCACUACAAUACAAUGGUAAGCACGGGUGCGGCGCCUCCAUCAUCAGCGCCCAGUGGGCCGUCACAGCCGCACAUUGUGUGGACGGCUCUGAUCCGACCAAGUGGACAUUACGCUGCGGUACGCUAUUACACGCACAGGGAGGCAGCCAUUUCCCAGUGACCGAGUUCGUAGUUCACCCCGAUUACGAUCACACCAAUCAGGACAACGAUAUAGCUGUGUUGAAAGUGGGCAACGAUAUACCACUGGGCUCGGGUGAUAUGGACAAAAUCAACCUGCCUGAACAGGACUCGGACAUGGAGACAGGUGCCAUGAUCACCGUGGUCGGUUGGGGCUAUUUGAAAGAUGGCAGUGGCGUAAACUCGGACAAUUUAAAAACAGUAGAUGUGCCGGCUGUGUUGCGCAAAGACUGUCAGGAUGAUUACCUUAUGCACGAUAUUACCGAUAAUAUGAGUUGCGCUGGAUUUGAUGAGGGUGGUAAAGAUGCGUGCACGAAUGACUCGGGUGGUCCGGCUAAAUACAAUAACGUGUUGGUGGGUGUGGUGUCAUGGGGUGGUGGGUGUGCAGUGGCCCAUCAGCCCGGGGUUUAUACACGGGUAGGCAAAUAUCGGCAAUGGAUUCAGGAGCAAACUGGUGUAUAG